AAAAAGACAAAUUCCGCGCGCGCAGUUAUAACAGGUAAAGCCUAAAGGCAAAGCUUCUGCAUUUCAUUCAUAUUUGGCGAGUGAUUUACUGUUUUUAUUCAACAUGGCUGAUGUUUCUGGUGUAACAGAGUUGUUAGCUAAAACAUCAGUGGAUCAACUCAUAGAAGUGUCAUUCUCUGGAAAAGGACUGAAACUGAAUUCUGCAGAAGAUGCGAGGGAGGUUGUUGCAGCAGUAGAAGCUUGUGAAGGAAUACAGUCAUUGAAGCUGAAUGGCAAUACAAUAGGCGUUGAGGCAGCCCAGGCAUUAGCCAAGGCACUGGAAUCUAAACCACAAUUUCAGAGGGCAAGAUGGAGUGACAUGUUUACAGGAAGGUUACGAUCUGAAAUACCUCCAGCACUGAUGAGUCUUGGAGCUGGUAUCAUGACGGCUGGAGCUCAUCUGGUAGAAAUAGACCUGAGUGAUAAUGCGUUUGGUCCCGAUGGAGUGAAGGCUGUCAGAGAGCUAUUAGAGAGCUCAUCCUGCUACACACUCAGAGAGAUGAGGUUUAACAACAAUGGUCUGGGAAUAGGUGGAAAGCUAAUGGCCGAAGCAUUGAUCACGUGUCAUGAGAAGAGCUCUAAAGCAGGCAAGCCAUUGGCUCUCAAGGUCUUCAUUGCUGGAAGGAAUAGAUUAGAAAACCCUGGAGCCACUGCACUAGCUAAGGCAUUCAAGAUCAUAGGUACAUUAGAAGAGAUUGCCCUGCCACAGAAUGGAAUCAACUAUGAAGGGAUAACAGCACUGGCUGAAGCAGUAGAAUACAGUCAUAAUCUCAAGAUCCUGAACUUAAAUGACAACACAUUCACAGCGAGGGGUGCAAAACCAAUGGCAAAGGCUAUCAAGAAUCUAAGCAAGUUAGAGGUUAUCAAUUUUGGUGAUUGUUUGGUGAGGUCAGAAGGAGCAGAUGCCAUUGCAAAUAGUCUGAGGGAAGGAGUUCCUAGUCUAAAGGAGUUAAAUCUAGCAUUCGGUGAGAUCAAGAAAGAGGCGGCUGUCAGAGUAGCAGAGAGUAUGGAUACCAAACCUCAUCUAACAUUACUAGACCUCAAUGGAAACAACAUUGGAGAAGAAGGGAUUGAGUUGAUCCAAGGUAUUAUGGAUGCUAACAAUCACGCUGAUGCUCUAGGAACUCUGAGCGAUGAUGAAGUGUCUGAAGACGAGGAAGAUGAUGACGAUGAUGAGUAUGAAGAUGUUGAGGAUGAUGAGGAUGUUGAAGAGGAGAAAGGAGGACAGGAAUCUAAGGAUCCUCAUCUUCAAGUCAAAGGAACCGCUAUCUCACCCAGGAGAGAGGAAACCAAGUAUAUGAUCCCUGUAACAGCAGCAGACUUCCUAGCAUUCCCUACUGCUAAUAAAUUACAAGCUCUUGGUAACCAGCGUGCAGAGAAGAUUCUACAGGAGCUAGGGGACGAGGUAUAUGAGGAGUCAGCUGGAAUCAAGGCGUUUGUGAAGAUCUCGUCAGUGAUGGAAAGUGAGAACAAUGAUGUCAAGAAUGCAGUGUAUCAGUGCACAGAUGCCAUUUUGAAGAAGUUGUUUUCAUCAGAGAAAUGCACACCUGAAUCUGUUGUGAAUGCCUUACUGGUUCAUCUGGGACUUAUCAAGGGUGAAGAUAAAUUGAGGCCAGUGGGUGAUCCUUCAGGAAUGUUACUGACUCUAGGACAUGCAGUCAAACAGCAGUACUACCCUAAAAGCACAGCACCAAUCUUCAUGACUUUCCUUUCAAGACCUAAUUCAAAGAUUGAUGAUUGCUUGAGUGCGAAACAUGGUCUGAUGCAAGCCAUCUAUCAGCUGUGAACAGCAGUCAAUUACUAUUUUAAGAAUUGACUCACUUGACUUUUUUUCGAAAUCUUAAGCUCAAGGAGCGAGACACAAGAGAUGCCCACUAUCUGCAAUUGCAGGAACAAAUCUUAUUCUUCAAUGAACAAAACUUGUUAUUUUAAAUGUUAAUCCUGGAUCAUGGAACUUUUAUUUCUUUGGAAAGCAUUAAACAAUUGAAUUGCAUUCUUAUUGGUGAUACAACUGGUUGCCUUGGCUGAUCAAUGUCAUUGUGAUAUUUCAUUCCAGCCACCAGAUACUUCUAUUUGAUUUCUAAGUCCAGUGAGAAAGUAGCAUCCAAAGUUUGGGGCGCA